AUGAUCCCGGACGAUCCUAUCACAUGUAUUCCAGACGAGUUCCCCCCAGAGCGGCGUGACGCAGAGCUGUGGAUUGAAGACGGGACGCUGGUGCUCGCCGUCGAAGACACCGCCUUCCGAGUGUACAAGGGACUCCUCAAGAUCCAUUCCCCCGUCUUCAAGGACAUGCUGGCGCUCCCAACGUCCCUUCUUCCGGCCGGCGUAACUGUCGGGACGACCGUGGUCGAUGGGGAGAAGUGUACUGUCGUCCGUCUUCCGGAUUCGGCGCGAGAGUGGAGGUACGUGCUGCGGGUGCUGGUCGUGGGUGACGGACGGACUCUAAAGUGCGUCUUGAAUCUCUCACGAUCUGGAAGUGAUUUGUUUCUGAUGGUGCUCUUGGCGUAUAUCCGUCUGGGACACAAAUAUAAGAUUGAAGACGUGUAUCGACGUAGCUUGAAAGCCUUGAAAGGGGUUCUGAAGCCGAGGUGGUCUUUCUCAGCUCGUCCGAGACUACUCCCUUCAUACGCACUAUGUGUCGUCAACAUCGCGCGGCUCACAGGAGAACCGUCUCUUCUACCGUAUGCCAUGCUUCUAUGUUCAAGAGGUGUUUCUCCCGCUUUCACGGGCUACAUCGUACAUAGCGAUGGGAAAAAAGAGGAUCUGAAUGAGGAAGACGAUACACGCUGCAUACAGGCAACAAGAAAACUCGUACUGCUCACUCUCUCCGCCAUCACCGAGGUUGUUCUUCCACCGAUGACUUGCAAAGAAGGCCGAAAAUGCCAGAAGAUGAUGGACACGCUCGCUCGUACCCUUCUUCCCACUGUCAUGAACCCCAUGUCCCCGGGCCCCAUGGAUCCCAUGCUGUGGAGUGUCGUCAGAUCUGAAGAGUUCCGGCUCGCACAGAAGAUGUUGUGCGCUUCCUGCUGGGACCAGCUCUCAUUCUUCCGGGUGAGGAAACAGCGCGAAGAGGUGUGGAAUAUGCUCCCCUCCCUAUUCGAUAUCUCCUCCGAUGAGGAAUACAAGGCCAAUCACUAA